AAAAGUUUUGUUUUUUCACCUCCGGCAAGGGGGUUUCAAGUGGAAAACCUCGUCAAGUGUGUGUUGAUUCAUCAAGAUUCGGAAGCUCUACUAAAUUUGUAAUCGUUUCACAAUUUACACAAGUCACAACGGAAAUGUUGACGAAGAAAAAGGAUCCGAAAACUUGGAAUUCGAAUGGAACUACGACGGGGAAAUACCUAAAGAAAGAAGCGCCUUCAGAUGUGCCAAUCAUCAACGUCUGGACCUCCACUAGAACUGUUGAUGCUUUGAAGAGCAAGUCCCAGGCAGCAAAGAAGCUGAGCGGCUCGACUCAAAGUUUGGAAGUAGUGUCCAACAUAAAACAUGGUGGCAAGCAGCAAAUUCAGCAGGGUUACGAGGGAAGGUACAUACCUGCCAGCGAAGUCAAAGCUGAGCAGCAGCAACAACAACAGCAGCAGCAGCAACAGCAACAGAGUCAUUUGUCUGUCUCCUUUGAUGAGGCCUACGCUGAUUACGCCGAGGUAUCAGAGAGUGAUUCACUCUCACUGGCAAGAGGCUUGGGCCUUGAGGGGCAUAUUCUGAUGAAACCGGGGUCUGAGCAGUUCCCAGCCAACUCUCCUUUAUGCCACCAAAAUACCCAGGCCAAUCCACUGAAACUCGUUCUGGUUGAUCCUGAUUCCCAGCUCAGCUCAAUGCAGGCAGCUGAACAACAACAACAGCAGCACAUUUAUCCACUUUAUCUCUCUGCUUCUGCACGUGAACAGCAGCAACAGUUGUUGGUCUUGCAGCAACAGUUGGCCCAGUUGAGGCUCAGCGUCCAACAGCAUCAACAACAACAACUCCACCACCAACAGCAGCAGCAACAACAACAACAACAUUCUCCCACCUACGCCAACAUCCCUCUUUUGCUUUCCAGCAGCGUCAGCGCUUCCCAGUCUUCGCUGGCCAGUAACAGCAGCUCCCAACAACAGCAAGAGAAUCCCGUCUAUCAGAAUUUGAGUAAAUCGACGACCGCAGGAGCUGCUGGACCUCCAGCGUCGUCGUCGACCAACACGAGUCAGGAUAGCGGUUCGGAAGAGUUUCCUUUGCCACCUGGAUGGUCGAUUGAUUACACGUUGCGUGGCAGAAAGUAUUACAUCGAUCACAACACGCAGACGACUCACUGGUCCCAUCCGCUGGAGAAAGAAGGAUUGCCCACUGGUUGGGAACGAGUCGAGUCGAGUGAAUUUGGAAUUUAUUACGUCAAUCACACGACCCGCCACGCCCAGUACGAACAUCCGUGUGCCCCCCGUUACAUCACGUCGGGAUCCUCUUCGUUGGCGGAUGCACAAAUGCGUCCGUCGAGACCGAUGCCUCCGGCUCCACGUCACACGGAAUUUCACGCUCCACCGCAAGUGCUGGUCCCGGCCAAUCCUUACCUGUACGAGGAGAUCCCUUAUUGGUUGCAGUUUUACUUUCGUGCAGCCCCCGAACACGACCACAAAUUGCGGUGGGAGCUGUUCCGGCUGCCGGAACUCGACUGCUACGACAACGUCCUCAAACGUUUGUACAAACAGGAACUGGAGACGAUUGUGAUGAAUUACGAGGCGUAUCGGUCGGCCAUGGCUCGUGAAAUGGAAAGGAGAAGAGCCGAAGGGCACAGCAGACACUUUCCUGCUCAGCAACAACAACAAUCACAGCAACAACAACAACAAAUGUUGCAGCCUCCUCCACCACAGUCAAGAAGUCACCUGAAAGAAAAAGCUUUGGCUGGAGAUCUUGAAACGAAAGUCUAAAACAAAAUUUUUUUUUUUUUUAAAGAAGUGCACUUAUGUUUGUUUGGGGUUUUAAUAAAUUGAUUGACAGAA